CAAAAAAAAAAGAAAUUAUAAGUAAAAUUUCAUCAAAAAUUUCACUCAAUAAUUUUUAAUAAUAUAAUUAAGUAAUAAAUAUUAAAAUUCAUUGAUGUAUUUAUUAUGAUAAUGAAUACUUUUUCAAAACAAAAAGAUAAAAUAUAAGUAUUUGUAUAGUUGAUGGAUUAUAAAGAUAAAAUAAUGCGUAGAUCUCACGGAGGAAAUUACUAUGAUCCACUGCCUUCUAACAGUUCAUACGGUGGUGAGUUUAUUGAAACAGAAAAUGAUGAUUUAACGGAACAACUAAAAGAUAAGGUGAAUACUUUGAAGUCUCUCUCUAUUGACAUUGGUGCAGAAGUAAAAUACCAAGACCGCUUACUAAGAGAUAUGGAUCAUGAUUUUGAAACUACUGGAGGAUUUUUGAGUAACACACUUGGUCGAGUUACAAAACUUAGUAGAAAUAGUGGUGGUUAUAAUAUGUUAUAUCUAAUUUUAUUUAGUUUGGCAGUAUUUUUUAUACUAUAUAUAUUUUUAAAACUGAAAUAAAAAUCAAUAUUGUAUGAUAUACCUAUUUACUAUUAUUAAUAACUGUGAUUGGUCAUUUAAAUUCUAUAUUUUUAAAGUACAUAAUGAUUAAUAUUUUAUUUAUAUAUACAUUUUAAUAAAUUAAUAUUUUACAAAUUUUAGUUUUUAUUUUAUACUAUUAUUAUAGGUACUUAAAUAUUUUACUAAAAAUUUGAUUAUUAUACUUCCAUUUGUUAUUAAAUUAUUAGAUUAUUAGUGUUAGUUUUAAUUAAUGCAAAAUUAUUAAACAUUUCAUUCAGUUGAAUAUGAUUCUGACAAAUAUUUUAAAUGUAUAGAAUGUUAAUCAUAAAUACAGUAGAACCUUGAUUAUUCAGGAUAAUGCAAUGGAGGGGUUACACUGAUAAAUGAAAACCAUGGUUAAUCGAGACUUUUUAUUUAUUUAACAAUGUUAUAUAUGUGUAAUGUGUAGAUUAUUUAAUUACUAUUAAUUAUUAUGUUAUUAAGUUAUAUCAGGACUAAUAUAAAGUAACUAAUCUUUGUUUUUUUA